AAACUCAUAUACUUAACCAUAAAACUUCCUCUAAUGAUGAUGGAUUAUAUCACAAGCUUUCUUGAUCUCCCCUUCCCUCUUUUCGUUCUAUCAACCGUCGUCUUUCUCAUAUUCAUCGUCAAACAAACCAAACUUUUAUCUUCAAGUAACGUAAAAAAUCUUCCACCAGGUCCACCAAAGUUGCCCAUCAUCGGAAACCUGCAUCAAGCAGGGGAUAAACCUCAUGUUGUUACUGCCGAUCUCGCCAAACAAUAUGGCCCUCUUAUAUCUCUCCAGUUAGGCCAACAAUGUCUUGUGGUUGCCUCUACCCCAGAGGUUGCCAUGGCCAUUCUCAAGACUCAAGAUCGUCUUCUUUCCUCUCGUGUUGUGCCAAAUGCAUUUCAGCAGGAAUCCCUGAUACCCCACUCUCUUAUCUGGUCCGACUGUAACCAAACAUGGAAAACCCUAAGAACCCUGUGUCGAACUGAAAUGUUCUCGGCGAAAGCCUUAGGAUCCCAGUCUAGAUUACGAGAAGAAAAGAUAGGUAAGCUGUUAGAUUUCUUGCAACAAAAGGAAGGACAGACGAUUAACACUGAGGACGUAGUGUUUACUACGUUGUUCAACACUUUGACUUCCAUAAUAUUUGGCCAAGAUCUUCUUGAUUUGAAAGAUGAACAUGGGGCUCUUGAUGGGUUGAAAGAGUCGAUACAUAAAAUAAUCGAGUACGGUGGUCGUGUAAAAGAUAUUGGUGCAUUCUUCCCUGUGCUCGACAGAUUUGAUCUUCAAGGAAUAAGAAAGGGAACCAUGAGACUAUAUAAGAAGACAUUCGUUUAUUGGAAGCAUAUAGUAGAGGAAAGAAGAGCUCUUGUCAAUUCUUCAACAUGGUCAUCGGAGCAGGCAGAAUGUUUCUUGGAUCGCUUGCUUGAAAAUGGAUUCUCAAACGAUCAAAUCGAUCAAUUGAUUACAGAACUAUUCGUGGCAGGAACAAAUACGACAACCUCUUCGGUUGUGUGGGCUAUGACCGAGCUAGUGAAACACAAAGAAGUCGUGUCGAAAAUAGUAGAAGAGAUGGAAAGGGAAAUCAAGUCGGAUAGAAUCACUCAUUCACAACUAUCUAAACUAACUUAUCUGCAAGCUACUAUUAAAGAAGCUAUGAGAUUACACCCACCAGUGCCUCUUCUACUUCCACAUAGGGCUGCUGAAACUUGUGAGGUUAUGAAUUACACAAUCCCUAAAGACGCCAAAGUACUUGUGAACCUCUGGGCGAUGGGUCGAGACCCUAAUGUUUGGGAUGACCCUUUAUCCUUCAAACCCGAAAGAUUCAUUGGCUCGAAAAUCGAUUAUAAAGGCCAAGACUUUGAGCUGUUACCAUUUGGUUCAGGUAGAAGGAUGUGUCCUGGAUUACCAUCGGGUAUGAUGAGUGUCGAGCUUGUUUUGGCCUCUUUGAUUCAUGAGUUUGAUUGGGUUCUUCCAGAUGGUGGUGAUCCUUUGAAGAUCGACAUGAAUGACAAGUUUGGGAUCGCUUUGAAAAGGGAAAACCCUUUGAAGCUGAUAUUCAAACAUAAAUGAGAGUACCAUUUGUUAUGCUUGAUUCAUAAGGGCUUUCCUGUCCUCUAAUUACCUCUGUACAACUUGAAUUAGGGUUUGUAGUUUGAUUGCAUUUUAUUUUCUGUAUUUUGAAGUUAAAUAAAUGAAGUAUUUGUGGUUUAUUAACAUGUAUGCAUGUUCCUCUUCGUUU